AUGCCGCCCAGCCGCGCGCCCUCGCGCACGGAGCUGGCCGCGCUGCAGGCCUUCACUACGGUGCUCUGUGACGAGGUGCCGCUGACGCGCCAGACGAACGCCGCGGCCGUGACGCCCAGCAUCCUCAUGGCGGUCGUCGAGAACCCCACCGCGCCCGGCCACUUCAAGUCCGCCGUCACGCAGAGCCUGGCGACGCCGAACAAGGCGCCCGGGUACGAGAAGAUCGACCCCGAGCUGGCGCGCGCGGACCGCGGGAUGGUUGCCCUGGCUGGCGUGCUCUUGAACAACGUCGACGGCAAGAUCUCCGCCGACGUCAACUGCGUGCAGUGCGACAACGAGGACGACAUCGUGGAGCACGCCCUCCUGCUGGCCUCGCUGUUCGAGCAGCACGGCAUCCCGAAGUCGAAGCUCAUCUUCCGCAUCCCGGGCACCUGGGCCGGCAUCCAGGCCGCCGGGAAGCUCGAGCGCAGCCACGACCUCACGACCUGCAUCGUCUUCGUGCACACCUUCGCCCAGGCGCGCGCCGCCGCGCAGGCCGGCGUCUCCCUGGUCCAGGUCAACAAGGGGCGCAUCUCGUCGUGGUUCAAGCAGAACCCGGGCGUCAUCCGCGACCCCUCCGGCCCGCGCGAGGACUCCGGCGCCGUGCACGGCGCCCUCCCCGCCGGCCUCGUCCGCGAGGACGACCCCGGUCUGCGCACCGUUGCGAAGAUUUACAACUACCUCGCGCGCGCCGCUCCGCGGACGCAGCUGAUCGUGUCGGGCAUCCGGAAGAAGGCGGACGUGUUCGCGAUCGCGGGCGUGCCGUACGUGGUGUGCCCGGACCGCGUGCUGCGGGAGCUGCGGGGCGCGGCGACGGUCGACGGGUACAACGACGGGCUGCACGGGGGCGACGCUGCGCCGGGCGUGAAGCGCGUGCUGUCGCCGGAGGGCGCGAAGGCGGUGCGGUUCCGCGACGCGGAGAUGGUGCCGUUCUCGGAGAAGGAGUUCGACGCGGAGUUGAAGAAGAGCGUCGUGGGCGCGCAGCUCCUGCGGGAGUGCAUGCAGCGCCGCGAAAUGAACCUCGCGCAGCUGCGGCCGCUGAUGUCCGGCCUCGUCGUCGGGUCCGAGUAG